GCCAGAGGAGCGAGUGUUGGAAUGCGGGCGGACGCGGCGCCUCGCUCUCUGUCUCUCUCGGGGACGCGCCUUCCUCGCUUCCCGGGCGCGCUCUCGCCCUCCUAAGUUGCAGGAACAUUUGACUGAUCUGUAUCCGCCCUCUUCCCUUAGUGUUGAUCCAGUGCUGGGCAGUCUGGAAAUCUGGUUACGGACGCUUUUCCCAGGGGUGGGGAAGCCAUGUCCACCUUCCGGCAAGAAAAUGUGGAGGACUACUAUGAGAUGGAGGAGGAGCUGGGCAGUGGCCAAUUUGCGAUCGUGCGCAAGUGCCGGGAGAAGAAGAGCGGCCUGGAAUACGCGGCCAAGUUCAUCAAGAAGCGCCGCCUGUCCUCCAGCCGCCGCGGGGUGAGCCGCGAGGAGAUCGAGCGGGAGGUCGACAUCCUGCGGGAGAUCCAGCACCCCAACAUCAUCACGCUUCACGACAUCUUCGAGAACAAGACGGACGUGGUCUUGAUCCUGGAACUGGUCUCCGGCGGAGAGCUCUUCGAUUUCCUGGCAGAGAAGGAGUCGCUGACGGAGGAGGAGGCCACGCAGUUCCUCAAGCAGAUUUUGGACGGCGUCCACUACCUCCACUCCAAACGCAUCGCCCACUUUGACCUCAAGCCUGAAAACAUUAUGCUCCUUGACAAGAACGUCCCAAGCCCUCGGAUCAAGCUGAUCGACUUUGGCAUCGCCCACAAGAUUGAAGCGGGGAACGAGUUCAAAAACAUCUUCGGCACUCCUGAAUUUGUAGCUCCAGAAAUAGUCAACUACGAACCUUUGGGCCUGGAGGCUGAUAUGUGGAGCAUUGGCGUAAUCACCUACAUCCUCUUAAGUGGCGCCUCUCCGUUCUUGGGUGAAACAAAGCAAGAAACCUUGACCAACAUUUCUGCCGUGAACUAUGACUUCGACGAGGAGUACUUCAGCAACACCAGCGAACUGGCAAAGGACUUCAUUCGGCGGCUGCUUGUCAAGGAUCCCAAGAAGCGUAUGACGAUUGACCAGAGCCUGGAGCACCCAUGGAUUAAGGUGAUCAAGCGCCGCAACGUCCGCAACGAGGACAACGGCAAGAAGCCCGAGCGCCGUCGCCUCAAGACGACCCGCCUGAAGGAGUACACCAUCAAGUCCCACUCAAGCAUGCCCCCCAACAACACCUACGUCAACUUCGAGCGCUUCUCCAAGGUCAUGGAGGAGGUGGCGGCGGCCGAGGAGGGCCUCCGCGAGCUUCAGCGGAGCAAAAAGUCCUUCCGCGAGGACAUCGAGGCCCUGCGCUCCAUCUACGAGGAGAAGGAGCUGUGGUACAAGGAGGAGAACGAGGCCGUCGGCCAGGACCUGCGGCAGAUCCGGCAGGAGAUGCAGAAGACUGAGGCCCUCAAGCGCCAGGCGCAGGAGGAGGCCAGGAGCGCCUCGCUGGCGGCCAACGGGCUGAAGCGACGCUACCGGAAACUCGAGAACCGCUACGAGGCCCUCGCCAAGCAGCUGGCCUCCGAGAUGAAGUUUGUGCAAGAGCUGGUGCACUCCAUCGAGCUGGAGAAGCUGCAGGGCGGGGAAGGGGACUGCGGGAUCCGCUAGCGCCCUUCCCUCCUGGGGCAGGGUGAGGAGACGGGAGCAGAUCCGUCUCGGCUGUGGGUUCGAGGGCUGCUCCCCCCGCCCAGCAUCCCAACGACCCGUUGAUCUAUGGCUCCUUAUUUCAUAAUUGGUGUGACAUGCUUCCUGGACUUCGUAUCCCAUGAUGCAGCGCUCCUGCCAGGACCCAGCAUGGCGGGCGACAUCCCUGCUGGCUUGGAACUUGUAGCCUGAAGGUGGAACUUUGUGAUUCUUUAAAUAUCCCAUCUUGCCCGGGACUUUUCGUUCUGCCCUUUUUUGGCCCGAGGAUGCGCCGACUUUCUUGAGGGUUUGAAGAGAGCAGGACGUCGGUGUUCUCUCCCACGAUUGAGGUACCAACAGCAAACUUUGAAACCCGAAAGUCUAGUUUCCGUUCGCUCGCUGGGCUUCUGAGUGCGGAGAGACGGCUGCCGAGGCAGCCCUGGGAGAUUAUGGUCCAGAUGUGAUGUGCGAGAGAAGGGGUUUUGCCUUGCUAAAUCAGCCAUUCCAGGGCAUCGCAUGACACUCCAUUACCCUGUGAAGUCUAUUCUGCUAGGGACCUCGUAGCAGGUUCUCUGGGACCAAGGCUGCAUUUACAAACCACAUGAGUUGGGUUCUGGAUAUUGGAGGAAGCUUCACUUCACAAAUAUCAGGGUGUCUCUGGGUUGUGGACAGCGAAAAGUAGGUUAUGAGAACUUCCCUCCCUAAAGGCCAGUGUUUGUAGUAACAAACACCUGCCUAGGCGGGACAUCCAAACAUUUUAAAUCUUUUAACAGGAUCUGCCUCUUUUAUCCUUUUAUCGUUUCGAAGUAGCCUCCUGGGACAAUUUCUUUACUACUACUAUUCUUUUUAUCAAGAAGCAAUCUUUGCUUUUAAAAUAAUAACAAUAAUAAUCACAGGAUUCUUGGUUUGGGGUCAUGUUUAGGAGGAGGUGAUUAGGGUAACAACAAUUCCAGCUUCUCUUACCAGCCGAAGCUCUCGUGCUCUGGGAAUUUCAGCUAUAAACUGUGAAUCGUGUGUGUCCUUGUUAAGAAAUCACACGCUUAGGACUGGUGUAGCUACGUGCAGGGCUGUGUCUGGACUCCUCCAGGUGUCUUUUGUAUUGAACAUUUAUUAUGAUUUGUGCUCAGGAUGCUGCUGGGGCGGUCACACACAAGUCCUGCUUUCAGCGCUGUUUUGUAACUGCAAAGGUUCUGGGGGUGGUCACACCGCUUCGUCCCCAGUCGGGGCGCAUCCUGUAACCUCCUGUUGAAACCCUGUAAUGUUUCGUUCUGCAAAUGUUGUGCUUCAGCAAGCAUGUGGUGCAGCUUUGGGGAAGCAUUGCAGAGCCACCAAUAAAACAGAAU